AUGACAAGUGAAGAAGUGACAUAUGCAGACCUGAAGUUCAUGAAACUGGAAAAAACCCCGGACCAGAAGUUCCAGACCUCCAGAGUGAAAGAUUGCUCGAGUCUCUCUUCCUGUUGGCGACUGGCUACAGUGGUGCUUGGAAUCUUCUGCCUAACUUCAGUGGUAGCUGCAGUAGUCUUGGCUGCCAGGUUCACCUUGGUCUGCCACCUUGAGCAUGAAAGGGAUGAAAACUUCACUCUGCAAAAGGCACUUAUGGAAAGCCUCAACCAGCAGCUGGAGCUCCUCCAGGCUCAGAAUUUGAACUUGACAGAGACUGCCUUCACAAUGCAGUCACUACAGUUUUACAGUUCUUACUCUUUCUGGAUUGGGCUGUCUCGCAAUGGAACUGAGGGUCCCUGGCUGUGGGAAGAUGGAUCUUCUUUCUCCCCUGAUCUGUUUCAGAUCCAACGAGCCAGCACCACUCCUUUCCUGGAUUGUGUGUGGCUUCAAGGUGCAAAUAUAGACACUGCACGGUGUGGCGAGUACAAAUUUUACAUUUGUGAGAAAGUGGUGGAUCCUCUGGUGGCUGAGCAAGUGAGCUACUUGGACAUGGAUUAG